UGAGCGCUCCAGCGGGAGCCGGGGCCCUGCGGACAGUGCGAGAGGCACAGGCGGAAGGAGCGGAGAUGCGGCCGCUCUCCCCGCGCUGGUGAAGCUCCCAGUCACCCGCCCGGAGGAGGGAGGCCGGGAAAGUCCGUCCUUCUCGCUGCUCUGCGGCCGCAAAGGGUGCCUGUGCAGUCCCCUCCUCUCGCUUUUAUCCCAGCCCCGGAGCAGGAGCCGCCGCCGCCCCCUAUCCCUUCCUGCGCUCUUCCCACCAUGAGCGGGGCUGUUUUCACCUUAUAAAGAUGGCGGUGUGGGAUCGCUGCAACCUUUAGACUAAUGACUGUCAGAAACAUCGCCUCCAUCUGUAAUAUGGGCACCAAUGCCUCUGCUCUGGAAAAAGAUAUUGGCCCAGAGCAGUUUCCAAUCAAUGAACACUACUUUGGAUUGGUCAAUUUUGGGAACACCUGCUACUGUAACUCCGUGCUGCAGGCAUUGUAUUUUUGCCGGCCAUUUCGGGAAAAUGUAUUAUCAUACAAGGCCCAACAGAAAAAGAAGGAAAACCUCCUGACAUGCCUGGCAGAUCUUUUCCACAGUAUUGCUACUCAGAAGAAAAAAGUUGGAGUUAUUCCACCAAAGAAGUUCAUAUCAAGGUUACGAAAAGAGAAUGAUCUCUUUGACAACUACAUGCAGCAGGAUGCACAUGAGUUUUUAAAUUACCUGCUCAACACCAUUGCAGACAUUUUGCAGGAGGAGAAGAAACAGGAAAAGCAAAAUGGGAAACUGAAAAAUGGCAACAUGAAUGAAGCUGAAGAGAACAAUAAACAGGAACUCACCUGGGUGCAUGAGAUUUUUCAGGGAACACUGACUAACGAAACUAGAUGUUUGAACUGUGAAACCGUUAGUAGCAAAGAUGAAGAUUUUCUUGACCUUUCUGUUGAUGUGGAGCAGAACACAUCCAUUACACACUGUCUAAGAGACUUCAGUAACACAGAGACACUAUGUAGUGAACAGAAAUACUACUGUGAAACUUGCUGCAGUAAACAAGAGGCACAGAAGAGGAUGAGAGUUAAAAAACUGCCAAUGAUUCUUGCCUUACACCUCAAGAGAUUCAAGUACAUGGAGCAACUGCACAGGUAUACGAAGCUGUCUUACCGGGUGGUGUUUCCUCUGGAGUUGCGUCUCUUCAACACAUCUGGCGAUGCUGUCAACUUAGAUCGGAUGUACGACUUGGUAGCUGUUGUUGUCCACUGUGGAAGUGGACCGAAUCGGGGCCAUUACAUUACUAUUGUGAAAAGUCAUGGAUUUUGGCUCUUGUUUGAUGAUGACAUUGUAGAGAAAAUAGAUGCUCAAGCUAUUGAAGAAUUCUAUGGUCUGACCUCUGAUAUAUCAAAAAAUUCAGAGUCUGGCUAUAUUUUAUUCUAUCAGUCAAGAGAGUGACUUGGCAAACUGUGAUAAUUUCGCACAAGAAUGCUGCAAGCAAAAGAAGGUGAUGGCUCCCCUGAACUGACUUUUACCCAGACCACAUCUCGGAUGGUUGAACAACAAUACACUGUCUCCUGUUCCAUGGUCUACGUGAUGUUGACUAUAGCAGUCCAGUUUUGGCAUUCAGAACUUUAUUUUAGAGAGGGGUGGUUGUUUGUAGUUUUUAAGACUGAUUGAAGAGCUUAUUGAAGUCAGAUUUUAGUGGAAUUUAUAUGGACUAACAUUUGCAGAUAAUAAGAUUUGGAUGUCAACUGUUAAACCCAAUCCAACUCAAGUAGUAUUUUAUAUGAAAGUGUUCAUUACAUUUAGGGAAAAAUUAUUUAAAACUUUCUAGAUGGUUUUGGAGUGUGUUGAUUUACAAAGCAUUCCUUUAAAUACAUCCUGACAUAUACUUACCCCUUUUAAGUGUAAGGAAAAAAAUGGAUUUCAUGAUGAAUUGAAUUGUGGUUGUAUUGGGGAUUUUUUUACAUUACUCUGUUACUCUGCUGCAGAAAAGAUCUCGGGUUACCCUGCUGCAGAAAAGAUAUUCUUCCAAAAUUCUUUCAUUUUUGGUUGUAAAAGCUUUCGGUGUGUAACCACAGACCUAAAAUUCACAUAGAGGGAUUUAAAUUACACUGGAAUGAAGUAAUUCUGUAUGUUCAGUCACUUUGUCAUGAGAUAGUACAGAUGAGGUGAGAUUUCAGAACUUACAGAGCACUGGAAUAAAGGGAGGAAGAUCACAUAUAUGAUACAGAGAUAAAUUGCUUUUAUAAAGAUUGAUCUUUUUGUUAAAAUGAUAUCAUACAUUGUUUACUUUGAUUGAGUUUGCAACUAUUGCAACACUGCUCACAUGUGACAUAUCCAUCAGGACUGAAAUUAUCCAGUCCAUUGAAAUAAGCAUUGUUUGUACAUAAAACACAGCUUGAUCCUGCAAUUUUCUAAAUAUCUGUAAGUCCCAUUUUCAUUUCUCAAGACAGAGUCCAUUUCUUAGAAACAAAAUACAUAACAACCACUAGUGCACACACUAUCAUUUAUAUAUCAUCCUUAACAUUUUUGGUCAUAUUUGACAGAGUUUUGUCACCACAGAAACAGAUAGGGAUCUGGAGUGCUUGAUUUCAAAAUCAGUACAAAAAGCUUAGUUUGUGAUUUUCCUGGGUGAAUUUGGCUGGGGCUUGUCAGGCACUGGCUAAUAAAAUUUCUGAAUUCACCUGAAUUUGGCAAGGAAUAAAUGUAGAAGAAAGUAUCAAUAGGGUUUGAGAAAGGAUUGAUAGUGGCUUGAGGCAGUGGUAGUGCUGGGUAGCUACCUUGUUCAGUUUGACACUUUUUCUCCAUUACACAAUUCUUGAACUUCUGUAGCCAAAGUCCUAUUCCAAUGACAUCAACAACAAAAACACUCUUCUUGUCUUCAUGGGGACUGACAGUGGGUUAUAGUAUUUAUAAGGAAAUAUUCUCAUCUCACAAAAUUUAUUUCUACCUGUUACAUUUUAUUUACUUAUUAUGUAUUUAUCAGACAGUGUUGCUUUUUGUCCUUUCCUUUAAGAAGCCUGCCUGACACUUUGUGGCCAACACUCCAUUUCAAGAAAUGGCUUUUGAAGUGCAGCUACAUCUCAUAUUUUAGUCUUCUGUAGAAAAGAUAAUAAUGUUUUUCGCUGUACUCUACUGUGAAUGUGAAAUAUCUUUCGUAAAAUAUUGGUGAAAAUGAAGUAGCUUCUACUGUAACAUCAUCUAAAUUUCAGUUGGAUUUAACAAUGGCCAUUUUGUAAACUAAGGCAAUGUAGCACUUUACACUGAAUGAGAAGCAGAAAUAGACUUUUCAGCUAAGAUUAUUUGUGAUUUAUCAUGUUAUUAUACUGAUGCAAGAAAACAGACGUAGAAUGUAACCUCAGAGGACUUAAGUGAAUGAUAGUAGUGGUCUACAGAGAUCACUCACAUGAAUGAAGGCUGGUAUGCAGGCUCAAGACAAGCAUAAUUAGGAUGCAGCUCUUCUUCUUUUAUUGAUGUUAGAAUGAAAUGUUCUGUCUAAUACCGAAGAUAGACAUCUUACAGCAGACUUCAACUCCCACUGAGACCCAGGAGCUUUUCCACUGAAAGCCUAAACCUGCAAAUCCCUCUUUAAUUGAUUUAUUCAUAAACAUCCAGAAUUUCUGUAUAGAAAAAUAUAAAAAUUACUGGCCUUUUAAAAUGGAUAAGGUUUCCUCACUGUGAAUGAAUUCACUUUCUAUAUCAGCAUUAAUUAGUGCUGGUCCAAAGGUCUGUAUUUUGCAGUUUACUGCUGAACAUUCUUACAGCAUUCUUUAGUUUUAAAAGAUUAAACAAAACAGAUAUUAUUAAGGUAUCAUUUGAAUCUUCAGGGCUCAUGUUUAUAUGAAAAGUAAUUUUUCAUAAAAAUAAUUUUUAAAUCAGUUCAAUUUUAGGAAACAUUUUCUUUAUUUCAACAGACUUAUGUGAAAAUUGGUUUUUAAAAUGUUAAUAGUUUGAAGUAAUAUUUAAAUGCUAAACUACAGGACAAUAAUCUCUGAUUUUCUCCACUGCAAGACAGCUUUAGAUUGUAAAACAUACAGUUAAUUGCAGUAAGUUAUUGAGAGUAAAAUUACUAGAAUAAGCUGCUUCAGAAAGUAUGAAAAAGCAUUUUUAAUUCAUGCUAGCCCACGAAAAGAUCACAGCACUAGUAUCACAGCAGUCCAGAAUUAGGGGUCUGACAGCAGCUCUGCAACUUUGUGGAAUACACACUUCGUAUUAACGCUAGCUAAACUAGGGAGCAUUUUCUUUUGAUUAACAAAGUUGCAGUCACAAUUCUAUAAAUUGGAUCCAGUCUGCAGUGUGCUGAAUGUCUUGACUUCAGUCCAAAAGCUGUCUGUCACAGCUGUAUGAAUAGUGCCAGUCUAGGCAGAGGAAUUCUUCUUUGUCAAAUUAAGCACAUUCACUCAAGUUUUGCAGGAUUGGGAUCCCCACAGGAACAAUCAUAUGGUAUAAAGUAUUUUAGUUGACUAAAUAAAGCAUAAUCCCUUUUCUCUUAUGCUUAUGCAUAGAUUUCCAGUCCCUUAUGAAAGAAUGGAAAAAUACCUAAGAUAAUAAAAGAUUUUCAGCUAGCAGUGAGAAAACAAAGCACUAACACAGAUCUCUAAUACUAUUCAGUGUUUCCCUAAAAUUACUAUAUUUUAUGGUGUCAGGUUCUAGGUAUAUUAGGUCUAACAACAAUUGAAGUUUUCCAAUUGUUUCCCAUGCUGUUGCUGAGAUGCAUUGUCCAUUUAUAAAUACUACUACAAUGUUCUCUAUUUACAAAAAAAACCCAUUUUCGUCUUGUGCUCUGUUUCCACAGCACUGCAGUGCUGAUGGAUCAGUUACCUUAGAGGAUAAGCUCAGAACUCAGCUUUUAUAUUUCCAAGAACAGGCUGUUGGGAUUUUAUGGAAUUUCUAAUUUGGGAACAUAGCAGAGGGAGGCAGAAGAGUGGAUUGAUGGAAAAGCCAUACCAAUGAAACAGCACCUUUUUGAAAUUAGGUCCCAAAAUUACUCCUGUUAAUUCUAUUUUAACAAUUUAGUUACCUCAAAGUACUAGAUUAUGUAUGAAAAGUCUUUAGCAGUUGGAGUAAAGAAAACAAAGCAGCAGUAAUUUCCUUCAUAUCAGGUUUAAUAAAUUAUUAAAGACCUAGCAAAAUUAAACUGAAAUUCACCUUACACAAUGGGUCCUAAAGUGCAACUGCAACCUGCCUUUUAUCUUCAGACAUUACAUUUCAGUCACUCAUCUGUUCCAACAUCAUGUAGUUGGCACCUGAGCUGACAGCUUGCAGCUGCCAGUGAUUUGAUGCCUCUCAACAGCAGACCCUUCUUGUUUUAUCUCUUUUUUUGCUGCAUGUGGCUGAUAGUUGUGAGCAGUGUCUUACAGCUGAAUGAAUACUAGAAAUUUAAACAAAUUUUGGCUGUGUACCUGUUCUUUGUUAGUAUCUUUUAGAAGGAUUUGUUUUAAUUUAUUUUUCUUGUGUUGGUCUGUUACUGUAUUUGUAUAAUAACUUAUGUGGUUAAUGCUAUUUGCUUUGCUUUAUUUUUUAUGUACUUAGUUUUUUUUAAAAUGUAAUCAACCCAAGCACUUUAAGCAACAAUGUCAAUCUUGUGAAAUUCCAAUCAGCUUAAUGUUUUGCCUUUGUCUUACUGCUUUUGCAGCUGCUUAUUUGUGAUCCAAUAUCUCUAGUUACAACUCAAUUUCCAUUUUAAGGUUUGUAGUCCUAGCUGGGUUGUAAAAUUGGAAAGCCCAAGUAUUUUCAUACAUAUUUGUUCAUGCAUAAAAAGGAGGGAGUGUUUACUAUGUGUCUGCUACACACAUCAGUGUGUACCUGACGAGCUGCACUCUGCACAUUUCACAGCCUCUUUUGCUCUCUGCCUGCUAACCCAUCUGAGGAUGACUGUAAUACUUCAAUCUGUGACACAGUUAUCCAUGACUAGAAUUUAGAAAAGUUCCAAUUCUUACAGGAAAAUUCUUUUUUACCAGACACAGAGUAAGCUGUCAAUCAGCUGAUAAUACAGGUAUUGCUCUCUUUGCCAUUUUAUCAGCGCUCUGUUCAGUUUCAAUUGUGAAUAAUCUGACAAGACACAAUUAUUCUUGGCUACUGUGUGCUUGCUGGCAAGGAAAGCAAACUUUUGCAUCUUUCUUCUCUUUGCUUGGGCCAACAUAAAGCAAAAGAAAAGAGAUAAUGAGUUAAGGUGAAUGCUUGUGUAAAAUGAUGGUUUUAGAGGACAGCAUCUGUGGUGUCCAUAUCAGAAAGUCACUGACUUUCUGUGUUGUUAAUGCAAGGGUUAUUCCUAGUGCUUCAGAUAUUGUAUUUUCUUUGAUCGAUGAAAAGACCAGAACUUUUUCCUGUUGCAUCUGUUCUGAUACUGAGGUGUUUCUUCUCAAUUUAACGUGGCCCUUAAUAUGUAAAUAGCCAUUGGCAAGCCUUGAUAGACACCCAUUUAAUUUCUUUCCAGAUAAUAUGCAUUACUUCAAAGAGAUUGCUUGGACCUGCCUACUAGAUUUAUUCAGAUAACACAGUUCUUUUGCAUAUAGGGUCAAAUAACACCUAUCAGGAGGUAUGUGCCCACCUGAUGGGACCAUCUGGCUAAAGCCACACUAUUUUACAUACUCAUGAUUCUUAACCCUCUAGGAGGUUUGCUUGCUGGCUUUGCCUGACUGAUUUAAUAUGAAACUGCAAAUAACUCCCUUUAUUCAUGGUCUCAGAGUUGCUAUAAUUCUUUAAUAAAUUCUGUUUCAUUUGGUUAUCAAGGCUGGGACUAUUGUACUAUGUAAAAUAAAUUAACUUGUGUGUGCUAUUCACAGCAGUCAAUUUAACAGCCUAAUGCUUCUGAUGAAGGCUGUUGCAGGUGGCAACUUCCCUAUAUGUAAGAAUAUGAAAAAGUAACUUUUCUGUGAUAGCACAGUAGGUGUCUAGGAGAAGCUGGACUGACAUGCAACUUCCUAACCUCCAUUCUCUAGAUAAUCCUGACCCUUCUCAUAGGGUUCCAAAGUGGCAAGACUAAACCCUUUGUGAAGACGUCUUGCAGUUCACCAAAACAUGUUGCUUGCUGCAGUAGAUAAUUAAUGAGUAUUUGCCAUGUCUCUGUCCUCACUCCCUGAAUCUCGUUAAUAGGUAUACAUUCCUUGAAGGGGCUGAGCUUAAACCUCAUCUUUGUAUUUGCAAUGGUGUUCAUGUUUGAAAUGUUCCACACCAGACUCGGGCCACAUCCUAAAUUGUUCCCCAGUCCUCUCUCAACUCUCAUUCUAACAGCAAGAGCAACAUCAGGGCCGCCAUGUGACAGGUGCCAGUGCUUUUCCUGGAGACCCUUUUCUAGUCUCAGUGACUUUCACCGAAACAGAGCAGAAACAAGAUUCAUAACUUACCAUGAUGCUUUAGGAGUAAAGUCACGACAUCCUGUAUGGAUAUGAAUGUAGGGUAGGGGGAAGAAGAAAGAGAAGAGGAUGAAAUAUGGAAAGGGUUGGUUUUUUUCAGGCUUUGAAUAUGUGUAUCUAUUUGUAAAUAUAUAGUCCCUCUCUACCCUGUUGAAAUGAUGCAAUCAUAAUAAAACUACUUAAAUUUUGUGCUAGUUUUUUAAAUGGAAUAAGAGGUAGCAAAAUUAUGAGGCACACAAUUGGGAACACAUACAGAUACUGGAUUUCUAGUACAGUGUACAAUAAUCAGUGUAUGUGUACAGAUGAAUAUCUGCUCUUUUUAAUCAUCAUGUACAUGUAAUUGAACCACCUGCAGAACUGUAAGAUAAAAAUCAUGUUGUUUAUUCAGGUUGUAACAUAAGAAAACAGUAUUUUCUCCUGUUAACAUGUUUAUAUUUUACAUAAAAUAAACUCCCUAGCUGAUCUUGC